GCCCUGAUGACCAGCAUGGCUGCUGGGAAGGGGGCUGCACCAAGCCCAUCGGCUGCAAACAGAUGGCGGCUUAGCGAACCUGAACAGGGCCGGGGCCGCAAGCCAGUGCUACUUGAGAAAACCAACCACUUGGGCUCUGAGGCUGCCAUGGGCAGAGGCAGCCGGGAUGCAGCCUGUGUGGACCUGGCACUGUCUGCAGUCACAGGCAAGCCUAGAUUGGGCAAGCCGCUGCUGCAGAAAGUGCAUGGGGAGCAGAGGCAGAGUGCCCUCACAGAGCUGCCCAGGCUCAAGGAGAGGCAGGGGGGCGAUCAGGCCCAAGAAAGGGAGCAGGAUAACCCAGCGGGCCAGUCUGGCCCCCUGCAGCUGACCCAGGAUAUUCCCAGGGACCUGGCUGGCAGCACAGUCUUCUCUGUGUGGCCCAGUGGAGCCCGAGGUGAGCAGAGAAGCGCCUUCAGCAAGCCAGCUAAGCGGCCAGCAGAGAGGCCUGGGCCAAGCGCCAUCUUCCCUGCAAGUGAAUGUGCAGAUACCCUGGGGAAGCUGUCUGGGCUCAUCAACACUGUAGACAUGCCUUGUUGGGGUCGAAUUUCAACUCCCAAGCUUUUAGUCAGUGAUUUCUGGAACUUGCAGAUGUUGCCACAGAAUGCUUCAUUCUGCAGCACUUUCCUGGGUGGCCCUACACUGUGGUUGGAGCACACCCAGGCCCGGGCGCCCAUACCCUCAUCAUCCCCCCCCACCUCCUGGGCCGUCCUGCCACCCACCCUCACCUCCCUGGGCUUGUCCACCCAGAACUGGUGUGCAAAGUGCAACCUCUCCUUCCGCCUGACGUCCGACCUGGUCUUCCACAUGAGGUCCCACCACAAAAAGGAGCUGGCAGGGCCAGACCCUCAUUCUAAGAAGCGGAGAGAAGAGGCCCUCACCUGCCCUGUGUGCCAGGAGUACUUCCGGGAGCGCCACCAUCUCUCCCGGCACAUGACUUCUCAUAGUUAG